AACGUCGUCACGUACUGCGUAGUGAUCGACGUCAUCACGCACAGCGCAGACCCGGUCAGCUGAUUGUCGGUGCGCGAGGAAGAGUUAUCGCUUCUCUAAAUUCGAGGGACGAUGAACGGCGCGUCGGUUUUCGUUACACUCGCGGUUUUAGCAGGUGUUUUUGGAGACCAGCUGACGGUGCUGCGUAGCCCCCAGUAUGUGAACUUCAGGCCGGGAAAAUGGCCGCUAGCUGGAGAGAAGAUCCCGGACCUGGUGGCUCUCACCAUGGGCUUCUCAGUCCGUGAGGAUCUUGAUUGGCCAGGUUUAGCGGCAGGAUCCCUGUUCCAGCGUCCUCGUGCCAACGCCCUGAUCGCCGUCCGUGGCAUUGACAGUUUAGAUCUUCCCUCUAAUGUCUCCUCUUAUCCACUGGAAAACACGGUGCCGUUCACCCUGGACAGCGUCGCGAACUCCAUCCACACUCUGUUUGCCGAGAGCACUCCUGUGGUUCUGCAGCUCGCCCCCAGCGAGGAGAGGCUGUACAUGAUGGGCAUGGCCAACACAGUAUUUGAGGAUUUGCCCGUCACUCUGCAGCAGAUCCGCACUCGUCUCUCGCAGGAGGGAUCCGUCCUGCCUUCACUCCCGCUCAACUCACUGAGCCGUAACAAUGAGGCUGAUCUGCUCUUCCUGUCUGAGAUUCAAGUGUUGCAUGAUAUUUCUGCUCUGCUGAUGAGACACAAGCACUUGGCUAAGGACCAGGCUCCUGAUCUGUUCUCUCUGGAGCUGGCCGGUAUGGAGGAGCUCGCCCGGCGCUACGGCACAGAUUCCCCUCAGUUCCAGGACGCCCGAGAGAUUCUGGUAGCUGCGCUGCAGAAGUUUGCUGAUGACGUCUUCGGCGUUUACGGCAGCAACGCGGUGGUGGAGGUGGUGACGGUGAAGGCGUUCGAGACGCCGCUAACCAGGAAGUCACGCUCCAUCCUCGAGGCAAAGCAGAUUAGUAACCCGGGAAGCCCCUACAAUCUGGCCUACAAGUACAACUUUGAAUACGCCGUAGUGUUUAACAUCGUGCUGUGGCUCAUGAUCGUGUUGGCUCUCGCCGUCAUCGUCAUCUCGUACAACCUGUGGAACAUGGACCCGGGCUACGACAGCAUCAUCUACAGGAUGACCAAUCAGAAGAUCCGCAUGGACUAACCGUGCAUUCCGUCAGUGUUGCUGUGUAUUUUGUGUGUCUGUGUGUGUGUGUGUGUGUGUGUGUAUAUACAGGUUUCUCACUUCCAUCCAUCCCAUACAUCGAGUUUAUUGUGUAUAUACCUCUACAACGUCAGUUUGUGAAUAUGUAGGAUGAAGAAUAUUUAUUGAUGCCUGCUGUUUUAUCGAAAAUCUAAAUGAUUAUAUAUAUAUACAGCGGAUGAGCGAGUGAAUGAGACGUAUGUAUUUAGCAUUCAUUAAUAGCACGCUGGCUUUAGUUCAUUGUUGAGUGAGUGCGCUGCUGUGGAAUUGUGCGAAAUCUUCACGCUAGUGUUGUGAUCACGUGUGGUGCUGUGUAUCGUGUUCCUGAUCGAGCUACAUGUUGAAUCAUCUGUAUUUAUUGUUUGUUUUUUUUUUUUUCCUGAUACACUGGACCAUAAUAUCUGAUACUGAUGUAUAGUAUAUGGGUGAGGCGUUAUACUAAAAUUGCAUGCAGUAAAACUUCGCCAAGGUGUGACAUUAAAACUAGGAAAUCGUUGACGUGAUUUUGUUUGGAAAUAUUAAAAAUAUACAGGAAAAGUCAAAGACAGUUGGUUAAAAAAAACAUAAUUUUUUUUUUAAAAUCUGAGUUGUGCUGAUAGAAGACAAAAUGGUAGAGGUGAUAUGAAAAACAUGUAGUGAUGUAAUUUAACGAUUUCGAUCGGUUAACCUCAACUCUCUAUUGCCUGUAAUGUUCACCUGAAACUUGUUUCCCUCCGUGCAUAGUAUGAUUUGAGCUUUAGCCGAAAUAAAUCUGUUUUACCAACAAA